CUCGUAUAAACCAUAGAGCUGUCUACAACAAGCAGGAAACUCUAGCUAAUGGACUCCUGUCACCUUCCUGAGCAAUCCCACUUACUUUAAAGAAAGAUAAUCUGCUUGGCAAAGUUAUUCAGGCACCUUUGAAUGCUAAGGUACCAAACCAAGUCACCAGUGAUGACGUAGUAGCAUCGAAAAGGGCGGCUCCGGUUGCUGCAGGCCUGGUGGCAAGAAUAGCGGGAAACAAAAAAGUCCAACAGGCUUUAGUAGACAAGGGAAUCGAAAUAGCGGGGGAAAUGGUUGACAAACAGAUUGAAAACAUAGAACAAGCACAAAAUAAAGCCGCUGAUUUUCUUAACAAAGAAAUCAAACUUGACAUCACUCCGGAGAAAGGAUGGCACACAGAAGACAUGUUUAUUCCUCCAGGGUAUCAUCUUAAGGCUGAAGUCAAAACAGAAAGAAAAUCUAGUAAUUCGCCUGAGGAACACAAACAAGCGUACAAGUACCCGAAAGGCAUGGGGAGUGUGAUGAUGAAUGGCUGCUGGGGGACUGGGUACGAGAAGAGUGACCCCUGUUUUGACGCACUGGAGGCAAAUGAUCAAUGCAGGAACAUGAUCGAUGGUGCUGCAUUUAUUGGUGUUGGUUUUGAUGGUCGUGGUCAAUACAGCCCUGAGUCCAGGAAGAUGAGUAUUAUACAGAGAAGCUGUGCUGGGAAAGCCUCCUAUGAUGACUUUCAAGUUCCAGACACGAUGAAUGUCCAUGGUAUCUACGAUACAAAAGCACAAAUGACAGUAUUUACGUCACGAUCUGAGUAUCAAAUGUAUUUACAAAAAGAAGCAGGAGUGUCUGGCUCCUUAUUUGGAUUUUAUGCUGGUGUUAAGAGUGCAUGGGGAAGCUCUGAAAGCGGUGCCCAACAAACCAACCUGGCCGUCUUUGAUAUCGAUGUGGACAGGUAUGAGAUCUUUCAAGACGAAGUCAAGCCACAAGAUCUGAGCAGAAGCUUUUUGAGAGAAUUUAUUAGUCUUCCAAACUCCUAUUUUGCUUCUGGAGCUCCAGCUAAAUUCCAGGAAUUUAUUCUUCGAUGGGGAACUCACUACAUCAAGUCUGCCAGGUUUGGUGGUCAGUUAGAAGUAAGGAAGACACAAUUAGCAAGCAUGUCCGCCAGCAAGGAAGAAUUCGCAGAAAAAAGUGAAGUAGAGUUUAAAAGCCUGUUUUGGAGUGCAGGAUCAAGAUCGAGAACUGAAUCUGGGAGCUCGUCUAAAUCACAACAGAACUAUAUGUCCACAUCUGUAGUAGUACAGGGAGGAAGCCAAAGAAUAGCAGCGAUAGUCUCCGAUAUGUACUCGCCUACUUUUAAGUCUGAAUUUACGGAAUGGCUCGAGAGUAUACCCACCUACCCAAAAGCCUUCAAGUUUCUCAUGGGACCUAUUACUGAUCYGUUGGAUUUUCGAGCCAACGAUUUAUUUCCUGACGAGAAGAUAGAAUGGGGAUGCGAACAAAAUAAAUUGUCUCUUCAGGUCGACGAGAAGUCCCAAAAGAGUUACUAUCUUUUAGACGAAAAGCGCGUUUACUGUGAGUUUGCCAGUCGAGAGGAGAUGGAGUUUAGUUUGAAGCGCAAACGUGUGAGUCUAAAGAGAGCGAUUGAAGUCUAUAUGGAAGAGGGUGCGAGGUCCAUAUCAGAUGUCAGUAUUCCCGCUGGAAAAGCUGGAUGUGAGAGUAACGACCCAAAAUAUCAGUCGGCAACCAAGAGACCCUCUUGGAAAGAGAUGACAGCUCAAAACAAACCCUUUAUUGUGAUUUUUGACAUGUUGAACGAUCUGAAGGGGGUUGAUAAGGAUGGUAUUGACAUCCCUAAAUCCAUGUCAAGAACCGUCCAGUACAGGGGCGAUCAAUGGCACACUUCAGAUAGAAAUGGAGAGUUUCAUAUGUACGACGGUUUUAGCAAUGGCUUAAGCUUUAAUCCUGCAAAUAAAAAGAUAUCUAUAUUUGGACUUGUCUUGAAAUAUAACGAGUCCAAGGGUACACUUGUUUUAGGCAAAGCUGAUUAUGAUCAUUCCAAAAAUUACUUUCCAAACCUAAGCCCACUAUUAAAGGGUAAACAACUUGCUCGAGCUGAGUGGCCAAUUCAAGAAGUUUAUCUAAACCGUGAAAACAGUAAAAACCGGAUGGGGCAUUUACCAUGUAACGUUAAGUGGUCCAACGGGCUUCGGUUUGACCCAAGUGACCGUGGUGGCAAGUGCCUACAUUUUACAGCUUCUAGCAAAAGUACUCUGUAUGCAGUGUUCUCGGCAGUCCCUAGUAACAAGGACUCGUGGUAUUACGUUGAGAUUUCCUCAUCUGGAGUUGGCAUUUACAAGGCACAGCGGCUAAUGGUGACUACGGUUAAUACUAAUGCAAUAGCCCUGGGAGACGCUAUUUUGUAUCAAUCAUAUUUCGUCUGUGUUACUGAAUCACCAACAAGUACCGUCAUCGAGUACGGCAAGACUCAGGGCACCACGAACAGUGGAGAUGUCUACUUGACCCUGAUCGAUCACAACCAACCGAUUCAUGCCCGAUUUUAUUCUUUUGGGAAUGGAGAAGAAGCAGCCCAGAUUGUAGAUUCUCAUGUGGUGUCGCGUAAGUUGACUGCAACAGACUGUAAAGGAGAUACGUACAGAGAUAAGGAUGAGCCGAAUUGUGUUCAGAGAUGUCAUGAAGCGUGUGCCCCACUGGCAGGAUGUCAAUAUACGUCUAAAGGGGAGCCAAGAGCGACAGAUUGUAACGAAUUCCGUUAUGCGAAGAAGCGCGAUGGCACAUGCGUCAGUAAGUGUCGUCCUGGAGAGCUACCAAAUAAGGAUCAGUAUUGUACUGUUUCAUAUGAYUUGAGUUUCAAGUCUGACACGAAGCCGGACCACAGCAAGAUGAAAGGUUUCCCGACAUUAAACCAUUUUACUCUAUGUCUCUGGCUGAGAUUGCCAAACAACACAUCUUCAGCUCGUAUUUAUGAGUAUGAAAUUAUGAAAUAUUUUAACAAAGGCUCUGAAGAACCCUUAUUCUACGUGGAAAUCAAUAAACUAGAUGGUGAAGUACGAUUUGCUAUUGGGGUGACAACAACAGCAGCCGAAAGAAGCAGGACUGCAAAACGAGCUUCACUUAGAAGUACAAAAAUUGACAAAGUUAACAAAUGGCAUCAUAUUUGUGUUUAUCGAGAUAGCAUUUAUGGUGAAACACAUAUUUAUAGAGAUGGGUUUAACCCCUUCCCAGGGCCAAAUGACGCAUUGAUCGAACCGAAUAGAGUUCCCCAGGCCAAUGGAGAGCUUCAGUUGGGAGGAUUCGGGAGACAAACUUUCCCAGGGGCGAUAACAAACCUCAAUAUCUGGGAUAGAAAAUUAACGGAUAAUGAAAUCGCUAAAAUGGCCCUGUCUUGUGAUGCUGGUAAUUCAGGAAACGUGAAAAAUUGGGGUGACAUCAGUACUGAGCUGAACCUUGAUCAUUACAUUGUUAAGAAAUCUAGUUGUAUUACUGAGCAAUAAGUUUAUGUCAAUGAAUGCAAUACUCCGUAGCAUAUAAUGUGAAGUUAUUAAAAUUGCAUGUCAAUGCAACAAUUAAUAUC